GCCAAUGGGAACGCAGCCCGCGCGGAUUUGGACGCCAGAGGACGUCCUCGAGAGUCGGAGCUCCCCGUGAGGCGAAAAAGGGGCCGAAGGAAGGAGCAGAGCUAUUGCUAUGGCUGAGAAACUUGCCAAGAACUUUUCUUCAGAUAAGGAAGAUGUGCCAAGACCAGCUAGCAUGUUAUUAGAUUCAGAAAAUCCCAAAGAACAACUCAUAGAAGAAUGUGAAGAAUUAUGGAAACAAGUGGAGGAGUGCCAUACUAAAUUAUCUCUUCAAAGUGUUGAAACUCUUCCAGUUUCAGAUCUCAAGCUUUCGUUGUUAACAAAACGAUUCAAGGCUCUGUCAGCUGAAUUUAACCAAUGGCAGAAAAGAGAACCAGAAAUAAUUACUACAAAUCCAGAUGUCCUGGUAGAAUUAGGAAAAGAACAGUUGAAGAAAUUAGACCACGAACUUGAAAUGGUGCUAUCAACAGUUAAUGCAAAGAACAAAAAACUAAACGAAGAUUUUAUAAGGGAACAAAAAUGGUUGGAGGAGCAGGAACAGCUUAUAGAAUGUCUCAACCAAACAACAGAAAGAAUGAGCAAUCAUGUAGUAAAUAUUUCUGAAAAAAGAGCCUUUCAGGAACUGAAAGCUAAAAUGCUGAAAAUAAAAGCUUAUAAGGAAGAUAUUUUGAGUGCAUUAGGAGAUUUCCUUGACGAACAUUUUCCACUUCCUGAAAAUAGUGGAACUGCAAAAAAGAAAAGGCAUUCAUCAGAAGAGGAAGAUGUGCAGCUCCUAUCAUUACAUGAAAUUUUAGAGAAUCUCAUCAAUAAACUGGUAAACACUCCACAUGAUCCAUAUAUAAUGAUCAGUGAAUCAUUUUGGUCACCUUACAUUGAGCUUCUGCUGAGAUACGGGAUUGCAUUGAGACACCCAGAAGAUCCAAACAAGAUACGUCUGGAGAAUUUUCACCAAUAGCAAGAUAUUUUAAGAUGAAGGUUAUUCAGCAGAACAGAGUUGACUAAAAAAACCUCUAAUCUGAGGAGAUAAUAUUAAAUAGAAAUACUUUGUGUUUUUCAGGCAGAAUCCUACAAUAUUUUGUAAAGUAGUAUCUACAGAACCAUUUUUUAAAAGUUUGUGGUUGUCACAAUUCCUUUUUAUGUUUUACUGAUGUUAGUAAAUUAUGCUUGUAUUCUAAAAACUAUUGGCUUUGUUAAGAGAUCAGAUUAAAGGAUUAUUUUAGACAAAUGAUUUGACUAGCUUUCCUAUCAUCAGAUGUCAAACUUGAGCAUCUGUUCACAAGAAAUGAAAUGGUGGGAGGAAUAAAGCUUGUUGACUUCUAAAUGACAUUAGGCAUGAUUCUGUAAGAAAAUAUAUGAAAGAAAGAAAAGGGAGAUGUCAUUAAAAGUUAAAAUUAACUUAACAUUAAAAUAUUCAGAUCUGAAAAAUAUCUGCCUUCAUUCUGGUAUCAUUAGCCAACUUUUUCAUCCAUUGGUAAUGUAUUUAAAAAGAUAUAAUGGAAAACGUAAUAGAAUACAGGUAGUCCUUGAGUUAUGACCACAAUUGAUCCCCAAGUUUCUGAAGGAAGGCAGGGCAGUUGUUAAGUGAGUUUUGCCCCAAUUUACAACGUUUUUGGCAUCCCUCAUUGACUUUGCUUGUCAAAAACUGGCUGGGAAGGUUACAUAUGGUAAUUGCAUGACUCCUGGACAGUGCAACUGUCAUAAAUACAUGCCAGUUGCCAAGGCCCCAGAUUUUGAUCACGUGACUAUGGGGAUGCUGCAACAGUUGUAUGAAAACCAGUCAUGUCACUUUUUUCAAUGUUGCUGUAACCUUGAACAGUCAUUAAACAAAUGAUUGUCAUUUACAAUCUACAAGUUCUAAUAUCAAAAGCAGUUUCUCAACCUCAGCAAUUUUUAGAUGGACUUCAACUCCCCAAAUUCCCCAGCCAGUCAUGAUGACAAGGGAAUUCUAGGAGUUGAAGUCCACAUCUUAAUAUUGAUAAGAUUGAGAAACACUGACCUAAAUUGUCUGAGAGAAAAGAAUGUUUCAAAAAAUGCACAAUACAUCUUUUACACAUAUUGUAGUCCAUUCACAGUAGAGAAUUUAAAAAGCCAAGAUGGUGGCCAUAAUCAAAGACAUCAGCUUGAUCUUUAUUUACUCUCAUCUAUACAUGCUUCUAGUUUAGUCCUCAAGAUCAUGACAACCGUCUUAGCAGAAAUUCUUGAAGUUCUGAAUUAGGCCAUCCCCAAAUCUAAUUUUGUAGUCAAUGCACAUAUCACUUCAGAUAGACAGUCAGCGACAAUAGUGCAAAAUAUGAAUCAGUAUAAACAAAGGAUGGAAAAUCAGAAGGUAGACAAUAUAUAGUAUUUAAUAUAUGUGAGAGUAAGCAAGGAUGUAAUGUCAUUUUAGCUGUAACUCAUGAGAACAUUGCUGCUUUUCAGCUGGUUUAAGUCUUGAUCACUUAAAGAUUCCUAACGGUAUUAAUAGGUAGUUCAGCAAAUCCAUUAUUGUAUAGUCCCCAUUUCCAUAGAAUAUUACUUUAUUGUCUUUAUAUUCUAUAUUAUCUUUGAGGUAAUAUUUCAUGCAUUGUGUAUACUUGUUAAAAAUAUUGCAAAAAAAUGUCACACUCCAGCCCAGGUAGUUCUCAAUAGGUAAUGUAUCUCAAUACUGUAGAGUCCUUUUUUUUUCAAGCAGCCCAUGUUAUAAAGGCACUUCAAGAAAGCUCUAACGUUUAAGUGGGGUCUGGGAAUUUAUUGGGUUCUGGUUAUUUAAAACAAGAUAUUUUAGUCUUUUCUUAAUGUAUUAAACUUUUAAAGCUAUUUUCCAUCAAGUUACAUCUGGCUUUCUGCUUCAUCUUUCCUAUGAUGCUUGUUAUGUGAUAUUGAUCAGAUUACCAUCAGUAGCAGCUGCUAUGAGGUUAAUCACAGCUCCAAGUCACCCAAGGUAGCCGAAACAUUUG